AUGAUUCCAUUAUAAAACUUCAACCAUCGUUAGUCAGCUUCUGCUUUGUAUAGAUAAUAUGAAUCCAGAAAACAAUCUCCAGUCACCCAUGUUGUUGUUACACAUAACCCAAGAAGAAGCCACUAGUUCGAUGGUAGAUCCAAUUCGCCAUCCAAAAUAUUAACUACUUCGCAUGUCUAUCCCAAAAUUAUACAAGCCACAGAAUUGAAAACAAGGAUACCUACUUAAGUAAAUCGUUCGUUUAUUCUAAAGGGCUAGAGUUUCCCCAUUUAAGAAGCCAUUAAAAUCUACUCAUCAAAAUAAACCCCAGAUUCUCAAUAUCAUUCAAAUAAGGUCUCUUCCUUUCUCCAGGAGAGACUUAAUGAAAAAUCAAAUUACACUAAGACCACUACAGGAGAGAGUCAAGAAGAGGAGAGAUCCUCUAAACACAAACCAUCCAUCAUUUAUUAAAAACAACUCCUUGACAAAGAUUUGUAAAUCAUGCAAUUAUAGAAAGAAAUUAAAUAAAUUAAAGAGUCCAAUAAAAAGCAUCAAAAUAUGGAAAAAGAAUAUGAUAAAUUGUUGUAAGAAAAUCAAAAAUUGAAAUAAUAAAUCUAGUUAUAGCAAAUUCAAAUUACUCAACUCACUCAUUAACAAUCUUUGGUAUCUCCAGGAAGACCAUCAGAAUAUGUUAGUGCGUUGAGUGAAUAAGAUAAAUUAAAAAUAAAGACUCUACUAGAAUGUGAAUGA